AGACAAAAGUUAUUUGAUCAUUGAUCGUUCAUUCACCGCUGAUGUUUUCAGUGUUAUUUUGUGAUAAAAUAAAUAAAUAUAGACGAUUACUACUAAAUAAAAGCAAUUGUUGUGGUCAACAGUAUUUAAAAAUAGUGCAAUAAAAUUGACUAGGUCAAAUCAAUGUGAUUUGCGUCAAUAUUGUUGACCAUUUCAAGGGAAAACUAUCUUUGUGCAAUCUACCUGCAUCGACAGGCAUUGAUAUUUUCGUGUAUAGUUAUUGGUGACGGGACACUAGAAAAAAUAUAUAAUCAAUCGAAAAUUAAUUAUCGACGACGCAAUAAUGCGUAUGAUUUAUGUUCACUUUUAAUUUGGUGCUUAGUGAACAAAGUCAAGAGCUAUUUUUGGGUUCGGGCACUGUGGACGGCGCAAGCGCAAAAGGCGGAGGGUCCACGAUGGCACCAAGUUUAAUGGCUUGACAUAUGUACUGUAAGAUGCCGUCAUAUGCCAAGUCGGCUCAGUCGCCGCCGUCAAGCAACCCGUCGGUGUCUGAGUCGGCCGGGCACGCCGCCGCCAACGGCUCGAAGGAGGACGACCUCACCAUGACGCAUCUGCUGUGCAACCUGCUGGAGAACAUGAACCGGCCGCCGCCGCCGCCCGCCGCCGCCGCCGCCUCCGCGCCCUACGACAUCUGGGCGCUGCCCUCCGCCAGCGCAGGACCCAACCCCAACGGCGUCAUCGGCCGUGAGUACCGCGCCGGCUCCAGCAACAACAACGCGCACCACUCCAAGGAGGACAACUCCAGCGGCUCGCCCGGCACCUCCUCCUCCGUGUCCAUCACCUGCUUCCGCUGCGAGGAGCGCUCGCCCACCACGCGCUGCCUCGAGUGCAACGACCUCUUCUGCCACGAGUGCUGCCACAAGCUCACCUCCGACUGCCAGCUGCGCGAGCACACGCUGCUGCCCAUCCACCAGGUGUCGCCCAUCGGCGUGCGGCCCAACUCCGUCACCAACGACAAGGAGUUCUGCAUGUACUGCGAGAUGCACGGUGAGGCCAUCAGGUUCUACUGCGAGGCUUGCGUCAUGUUCGUCUGCCCCGAGUGCGUUCUGUGGAUCCACAAGGACCACAACUACUCUCCCAUCAAGGGCGCGUUCGACAUGUGCCGCGUGGGCGUGUUCCGCUGCAUAGAGGACACGAAAACGGGUACCAAGGCCAUAAAAACUGCGAUCGACCGCGCCGUGGCCAUGUCGAAGGCCUACGAAAAGGAGUCCGCCGAGGCCAACAUGAAAAUACGCAAAGCCAUGCGGUGUUACGCUCAGGCCAUUGAGGAUCGUGAAAAAUUUCUACUGGACAAGGUGGAGAAGAUGCGCCAGGCGAAGAUCACGGAGCUGACCGACCACAUGAACACGCUGCGCGGCAUCCUGGCCGGGCUCGCGCACACCAACGAGACGCUGGUGCGCAGCAUGGACUCUGAGGGAAUCGAUUUGUUUAUGGCGAAAGAAAAAGGUAGAGCCCAGGUGGACUACUUUUCGCACAUGUUUAAAAACAUGUACAUCACAGAAGACAAGAUCAUGUUCGUGCCGCCCAAUUAUGACUUGGUCGAUCAGCUGAAACGCCAGUGCGACGUGCAGCCGGUGCCGGCCAUAACGCACAUCAACACCGCGUCGAUCCAGUCGCGCCAGUCGCUGAUGUCGAUGCAGUCGAACCAGGCCUCGCACUCUUAUCCGCCGAUCUCCUAUCAUCACUCGUCGAGCUCCAACAGCCUCCGAUCGCUUCCCGAUUACUCGAUGAACUCUCGAUCGACGAGUUCCUACGAUCAAAGUGGACCCCCGCUUAUGGAGGCGAACGCGGCCCGCGGCAUCGGACAGGCCAUACCCGGGUACUGGAUGUCUGUGUCAGUGAAGCCUACUAGAUCCCCGGUUCCCGGCGUCCCGAUGUUUUCCUUCGGCCGAGAGGGCCAGGACGAAGGACACGUAUCUCGGCCUUGGGGCCUGUGCGUAGACAGAGAGGGCAACAUCAUAGUCGCCGACAGACGAAAUAACCGCAUUCAAAUAUUCUCCAACAGAGGAGAGUUCAAGACCAUGUUCGGUUCCAAAGGAACGGGGCCCGGCGAAUUCGAUCUUCCGGCUGGAAUAACCACUGACACCUAUGGUCGUAUCAUCGUCAUCGACAAGGACAACCACAGGGUCCAGGUGUUUACGAACGCGGGUAAUUUCAUCCUCAAGUUCGGUUCCUUCGGCAAAGACUGCGGGCAGUUCCAGUACCCGUGGGACGUGGCCGUGAACACGCUGGGCAACAUCGUGGUCACGGACACCCGCAACCACCGCAUCCAGCUGUUCACGAGCGACGGCACGUUCAUCACCAAGUUCGUGUUCGAGGGUGCCAACCCGGCAAAGAUGUUGAAAGGGCCGACGACCCCGCGCGGCGUGUGCUUCACCACGAGCGGGAACAUAAUAGUGUCAGAUUUCGAGAACCACAGAUUGAUAAUGGUGGACCCGACUCUGUCGAAGGUGAUGUACUGCGUGGGGCGCGAGGGCUCGAGCCUGGGCGAGCUGAACCGGCCGUCGGGCAUCGUGACGGACGACGACGGGCGCAUCAUCGUGGCGGACUCCAAGAACCACCGCGUGCUGGUGUUCACGUCGGAGCUGCGCGUGAUGACGGCCGUGGACCUCAAGAGCCCGGGGCUGGACGACAAGGACCGGCCGUCCGACGUGGCGCUGACGCCCGAGGGCUGCCUCGUGGUGCUCUUCGAGACGCUGCCCGACACGGCGCGCGACCUGGCCUCGCACGGCAAGCAGUACAUCAAGGUCUACUAACUGUGAGGUGACUGUCUGAGCGGACCUAAGGUCUACCCUGUUUUAUUUUCGUUUAUUAAGUUGUGAUUUCUUUGAUAAUGUGCCAAUUUUAUUGAUCGAGCAUAGCUUGUCCGGAGAUCUCGCAUUGAGCUCGUGAGGCGACGCUCAAUCGAAAUCUCUCUAAACAUUUGACAUUUGCGUUACCAUUAUAAUUUGCUUUUGUUUCCGUAUACAUAUUACUAGUCUAUAAGGACCAAACUUUGUUUGUGUUAAUUUGCAGUGUAACUUAGAGUAGCAAACGGUACUGGUAACUUUCUGAAAACAUAUAACUAUACCGAUAUCUUAGAGUUUAAACAUAUAAUGAUACUUAAACUUAAAUAUAAUAAUAUUAAAUUACUCAUUUCCGAUCCGAUUUCACUUACGAUUUAUAGUUCAAUUUAGAAUAAUCGUAAAUAUACUAUUAUAAAUAUCACCAUGUGAUGUAAAACACUAACAUAUGUGAGAUAGAUAACUUGAAAAGUAUUUUCCAAAAUGUUACAUUUUGCGUUUUUAACUUGGUUAUAAUUGACGCAGACGUCGAUGUAUAAGUUAUUUUGCGUAUUGAUUUAGGUGCAUAAUAUUAUAUAUUUUUAUUAGAGCGUUGUCGGCGCGGAUCGCCGAUCGGCUAGUUUACGUUUAUGGGUUUGCUCGGGAACUUCAGUAUAUUUGCGUGUGCGGUUCAGCUGAGAGCUUGCGUGAGUGCUGAACAAAGAAAUCAAUGCAAUAAAUCUUUAAGACUGACUUUAGAAGACUGUCUUAAAGCGGUUGCUUGCGCCGGCCUCGUGCCCAGGCGCCGGUAUACGUCGCGCCUUUUUUUUACCAAAAUAUUUAGGUAUUAUGUUAAUUUCAACAAUUAUGAAAUUCAGACUUUUUUAUAUUCUUUAGACAAUACGUGAUAUUUUUUGAUUUCAUUACAAAAAGUUUUUCUUAUUAUUUCGCAAAGAAUAUAUUAUUAAGAAAAUUAUUUUGACUGACUAAAUUAUUUUUUUUUUAGUUUUAGCCAAAUUGAAACGUUAAAAUUUUUAUAAUCGAAAUAAUAAUCUUUUGCUACGUUUCUGGUCACGAAGGGAGAGUUAAUAUUUUUCAUUGCCAACGCAUGCAUAACUUCUUCAGUAGAGCGUACUAUCGGGUGUUACUAGGUAUAAUGUAGUCGAUGAUAUAGAUGCGGACUUACGAUUCAAUAGAUAAUUUUAGGAAUAUUCUCCUACUGGUAACUUAAAUUAGCUAAUGUAAUCGUGUGUGUUUGUGGGUAUAAAAUAAUUAGUUCAAAUAUUGUAGUGAAAUUCUUUUCUGAAAUGUAAAUUGUAAAGCUUAAUCUAUUUUAUCCACAUAUUACUUGGAUAGUUGAUAACGCAUGUAUAAUCGCGUAUAAAUCGCAUGUAUAAUUAAUUAAUUAAGCGAUACCCUUGUGUUCAGUAAUAAUUAUUAUAAAUUAAUAUUAAUAUAAUUAAUCUAUGUACUUUUUUGUGUUCACAUAUAAAUAUGAUGUACUAUUACUGAGUAAAAUUAAUUUAGUAUGUUUCGAGUUGUCUGAAUCGUUGUGGCAUCGUAGCUAGGUCGUUAGGUAGUAGCGUGUUUGCACUUCGCACUUAAUAUGUGGCUUCUAAUACUAAGCGGUAUGUGAGAGCCAACCGAGGGCCGUGCCAAUACAAGAUGGCGGCCCGCCUGCGUGGCGUAUAUCCAAAAUGAAUGUCGUUAUGUUAUCUUGAAAAUCUUAAGUCCGAUAUCUAACUUUCAAAUAAGUAACCAUUUUCUAAUAUACUUUAUACAGCUAAAUGAUUAAUCGCCUUAUUAUCAUUAUAUUAGAAAUCAAUACAGUACGUAAAUAGUCAUAUACCGCGGUUUGAAAAUUAGUUAAGCUUGAACAAAGUGUUACAAGUAAAAUAUUAGAUAAAUUAAUCGUAUCGUAAGGAGUGUGUAUGCGACGUAGAGAUGUUAUGACAUAAUAAUGAUCUGUAAGCGGUUAAUUAACAUAGAGUAACGUUUUUCACCUUUGUACUUAGGGUAACAUUAGCGUAAGCUCUUCGAUUUAAAUCUUUAGUCAUAUACUAUCGUGUAUCGUAUGAGUAGCUUCAAACAAAAAUUUUCCAACGUGUGAAUUGAAACGUAGUUAGUAAUAAUUUGGAACUGAUUAAUAUAGUAUGAUGUCGACUGGCGUAAGAGUCUGAAUAAUGUAUUAAGAAGUAGUAGAAAAUUAUUGUUUGAAGUGCAAAAUUUAGUAGCGAACGACGGAGCCUGGCAGUCUUAGUUCGCGGGUUACUCGUGGAUUACAGUCUCACAGAAUAGUCGGUGUAGGAUCUUAGACUGUCAAACCUCCGUCGUGCUUUGACCCCCUAGCAUCAACAUAUAAUCGCUCAUGAAGUUUAUAGAUUGUGUGACUCACCUCCUGGCGUUCGCGUAGUUAAAGUGAGAUCUUAGCACGCUAGUCAAAUUCCCAUAUGUCAGGAA